CUGCGUAGAAAGGACUUGACCUUAAUCUAAGAAAGCUUUUACGGUGUAUAUAUAUAUUGAUGCUUCCUCCGUCUCUUUCUCAAUUUAAUUGCCUUCUCUGAUAUAUCACUAUAUAGCUCUUAGUUACUCUUAUUAUUUGCGUCAUUCUUUAUCCAAUGGAAGCCAAAGCAGAUUUUACCCAAGAUGGCACCGUUGAUUUCCGUGGCCAGCCAGCACUUUCCUCCAAAACAGGCAAAUGGAAGGCUUGCGCUUUUCUUGUUGGGUAUGAAGCAUUUGAAAGGAUGGCCUUCUAUGGAGUGGCUUCGAACUUGGUGAAUUACCUGACAAGCCAACUACAUGAAGAUACGGUUUCAUCAGUGAGGAAUGUUAAUAACUGGUCAGGAUCUGUGUGGAUAACGCCAAUUCUUGGGGCUUACAUAGCAGAUUCUUACUUGGGUCGCUUCUGGACUUUCACUCUCUCUUCUCUCAUUUAUGUCUUGGGGAUGACUCUUCUCACUAUAGCGGUGUCACUCAAGAGCUUGAAGCCAACAUGCAGCAAUGGCAUAUGCAACAAGGCCUCAACCUCACAAAUUGCAUUUUUUUACACAGCCCUUUACACUAUGGCAAUUGGAGCAGGAGGAACAAAACCCAAUAUCUCAACCUUUGGUGCUGACCAAUUUGAUGACUUCAAUCCCAAUGAGAAAGAGAUAAAAGCUUCCUUCUUCAAUUGGUGGAUGUUUACCUCAUUCUUGGGUGCUUUGAUUGCCACUUUAGGGUUGGUCUACAUUCAAGAGAACUUGGGGUGGGGACUAGGGUAUGGGAUCCCAACUGCUGGUCUCCUAUUGUCUUUGGUCAUAUUCUAUAUUGGCACACCAAUAUAUCGUCACAAAGUAAGGACAAGCAAAACUCCUGCUAGGGAUAUAAUUCAUGUACCCAUUGCAGCCUUCAAGAAUAGGAAACUCCAACUCCCUUGUAAUCCCUUGGAUCUCUAUGAGCAUGAUCUCCAACAUUAUCUUAGUAGUGGAAAACGGCAAGUCAAUCACACUCCAACUUUCAGGUUUUUGGACAAGGCUGCUAUCAAAGGUAACAGUUCUGGUUCCACAAGAGUACCAUUGACAGUAACACAAGUGGAAGGAGCUAAGCUUAUCUUUGGCAUGGUCCUUAUAUGGCUGGUGACUCUGAUUCCUAGCACCAUUUGGGCACAAAUCAACACUCUUUUUGUGAAACAAGGCACCACUUUGAACAGAAACAUUGGUGCUGAUUUUAAGAUUCCAUCAGCCUCUCUUGGAAGCUUUGUGACACUCUCCAUGCUUCUUUCAGUGCCAAUGUAUGACCGGUUUUUCGUGCCGUUCAUGCGCCAGAAAACCGGCCACCCUAGAGGAAUCACAUUGCUUCAAAGGCUUGGAGUUGGAUUCUCAAUCCAGAUCGUAGCCAUAGCAAUUGCUUAUGCAGUAGAAGUUAGAAGAAUGCAUGUCAUAAAAGCAAACCAUGCAGCUGGUCCUAAAGACAUAGUUCCUAUGAGUAUAUUUUGGUUGAUGCCUCAGUAUGUUCUAAUUGGGAUAGCAGAUGUGUUCAAUGCCAUUGGAUUGCUAGAAUUCUUCUAUGAUCAAUCCCCUGAAGAUAUGCAGAGCCUUGGAACCACGUUUUUCACUAGUGGCAUUGGUGUUGGGAACUUUUUGAACAGCUUUUUGGUGACAAUGGUUGAUAAAAUAACAGGAAUAGGUGACAAUAAGAGCUGGAUAGGGGACAACUUGAAUGAUUGUCACUUGGACUACUAUUAUGGGUUUUUGUUGGUCAUGUCAAGUGUUAAUUUGGUGGUUUUUCUUUGGGUUUCAAGUAGAUAUAUUUAUAAGAGGGAAUCAAUAAGGAUCAAAGAGGGGCUUUGUGUCCAAAUGGAAGGAAACCCAACUUUGGACGCCUCUCUCAGUUUACAAGUGUGAAAAUGAAAACUAGCUAUAGGGUGAUGAUAAAUAACCGGUAGUGUGAUAUUGACCUAAAUUCUAUUGACAGAUUCUGCGCCAAAUUGAUAAAUGAUAGUCAUUUGAAUUUAAUUGGCCCCAGCAAUAAGUGAAGAUGGAGCCAAAUAAAUUUAUAUACACAACACAAGUUUGUGUAGAAUUUAUGAAUGUAUAAACUAAUAUCUCACUAGUCACUACACCGUGUGUGCUAUUUUGUAAAAUGUGUGCAAUGUGAGUAUUUUUCCCCCUUGCUUUUGCUAAUGUAAUUUCUUGUGCGAAUGCAAUGUUUCAAUCUU